GACUAUAAAGUUGUUGCCUUUUCUACAAUUCCCAACUUUUCUUUCAGAAUGGACAACAGUAUCAGGAAGAUGCAAGAGCGAAUUAUUUAUUUCUCUCAUUGAGUGAUGUGUGAAGGAGGUGAGAGACAGAGACAGAGACAGAGAGAGAGAGAGAGAGAGAGAGAGAGAGAGAGGAGGUUGCUUGAGGGGGUUACUUUCUUGGGUGCACUUAAAAUUCUUUGGUUGCACGUGUGGCAUGCUACAGAGUUGAACUAUAGCAUCUAUCAAAAUGGCCACUGCCAAGGGAAGAGGAGACAUUAGAAUCUUCGACACAUAUGAUGAACUCGCCACCGAUUUGGCUGAAUAUGUUGCACAACUCUCAGAGAGUUCAGUUAAAGAGCGAGGAUAUUUCACCAUUGCUUUAUCCGGAGGUUCUCUCAUCAGUUUGCUGGGGAAACUAUGUGAAGCUCCUUAUAAUAAGACUGUUGAUUGGACAAAAUGGUAUGUACUCUGGGCCGAAGAGCGGGCAGUUUCGAAGAAUCACAGCGAUAGCAAUUACAAACUAGCAAAGGAUAGCUUUCUCUCAAAGGUAUCGAUCCUCAACAAUCAUGUGUACUCCAUCAAUGACAGCAAGACAGUGGAAGAUGCAGCAAUGCAGUAUGAAUUCACCAUCAGACAGCUUGUGAAGGCUCGUGUGCUCAGUGUCUCCGGUGUCAACGACUGCCCCAAAUUCGAUCUCAUUCUGCUUUGCAUGGGUUCCGACGGACAUAUCGCUGCGUUGUACCCGCACCACCCGGCUCUCGAGCUGAAGGAGGAUUGGAUCACCCACAUCACUGACUCAUCUGAGCCUCCGCCCGAGAGGAUCACAUUCACCCUCCCGGUGAUCAACUCGGCCUCCAACGUCGUCGUAUUGGCAACCGGAGAAGACAAGGCCAGGGCAGUGCAUCUUGCCAUUGAUAAUGUAGGCCAAGAUUUUGAUGCUUCUGCUGUUCCUGCUAGAUUAGUCGAGCCAGUUGACGGGAAGUUAGUGUGGUUCAUGGACAUGGCAGCAGCAUCACAAGUAACUACUAAUGAAUGAGUGAUACCCUGCUUGUCCUCUUUUUUGUGGAUUCUGAGAACAAAAAUAGAGCAGUGGUAGUUAAAUAAGAAACUCUGGUUCUCAUGUUUCUCUUCUUUAUAAAGAUUAAACUCAGUCCAGUUCA